UCAGCAACUCUCACACACGUUAUUUUUCUGGUUGACGAAUUUUUAUUAUUAUUAUUAUUGUUAUUAUUUUAAUUAUGGUCAUUUCUUUCGCAGACUGUUGUCACUCGAGCGGAAUGUCUGGCUGCUGAGCCUCCAUCCUCCCAAUAGGGACCAGCGCAAGAUGCUUUUGGGGGAGAUCUUUCAUGUUUGUUGUCUUGGACGUAAUUUAGUUAAAAAGAUAUCCAUUUCCCCCCAGGUCAUCCAUCGUUCAUGUCGCCAUGUCCGUCCUAACGGAGCUCUCUCAUUUUUCUUUUCUUUUUUACUUGCAUUCGUUUGUCGCGAUCUCACUGAUACCCAACUUCGUUGUUUCUGCUAUAUUAUAAAUUGGGGUGUCUGAUCCUGCCGCCGCUGGUCGUCGCUCCCAGUCUCUUUUCGUCCUUCGUUCUGCCAUUCAACAGUGUGCGAGAACUGAGUUUAUCUUUCAUUUCAUUUUCCCCCCGCUUCCCGAUUUGUUGUCUUUUGACAUAUAAAAGUUAUGAGCGAGCUGCUAUGAGUGCCUUAGGCUUGGUGCUUUUUGAAGCAUACUCGUUGUGGCUUAAAUCGAUUUCAUCUUGUGCCUCCUGCGCUCCAACGAUGGUCCCCUGUCUGGACCGUCAAAAAGCUGCUCGCCACGAGGUGGAGAAGGCCGAUUUCGUCAUCUACAGUAACCAACCUGGUUUCAUACCUCCUCCUUCACUUGGUCCGUUGGCUAGCACGACAGAGGCGGAGCCCCUGGUGGACAGACCGGCCUCCGCUGCUAGACGAGCCGGCCGCCGGGUCUUCUCAGUCCAAAAGAGAUUCUUGUCACGGGGUCCUUCGUCAGCACGCCGGCCACGUAUAUCUGCACCAACCAACUUUCAACAUAUAUCUAGCGGCUCGCUACAGUUUCCGCCCCCGAGCAGGCCAAGGCAACGGCCGCGAUCUUUUCGACCACUUGAGCUUAGUAUACACUCGGUAAACAACUAUUUGUCACCAAUGCUGCCGCACUUUGAUCCAGAGGAUCUCGAACCGUGUAUCACUACGCCGCAGCCUGCACAUAUAAGAGACAGCUUCGAUUCGGACUCUUCAACAUUAACAUACCAGGAGAGCACUUAUUCCUCUCUUUUCCACAUUCCUCGCCGACCACUGCCGCAGCGUCCCGUAAUCCCCGGAGACAAUAAUGACAGUCCACCCAGGAUUCCAUCAAGGUCGCAUCGAAGGGCGACACUAACACCACCGGAACGCGUAGAGAUGAUGGUCGAGCGUAUCGCCAGCGCCAUGAUCGAGAAGGAUACUUUGCAGUCAGAUAUCGACUCUGUCGUGCAGCGUCAAAGCAUAUAUAUGGGCAGAGCUCCACUCACUGCCCCCGGUGUCGAGAAAAUUGCGCCCAUGCCGUCCAUUCCUGCAACGCCUGCUGCAGGACCAUCGUUCGCUCAACGACUUAGCCUUGAUAGGCCACAGACAGCACAUCGGAAAGCUGUGGCCAUGGAGAUUUCUACUAUCACAGCACCUCCCGUUUUUGAUGUUUCGCAGAUGUCAAGCACUCCAGCACGCUUGACAUCCCAAUCCACUCAUGAACUCAUCGGGAAACCAGUAGGGCCUCCGUUGCCCCUUGUCUUCCGACCGCCUUUGAGGAAGAAAAAGUCCUUUUCGCAUGUUUCCACCACAUGGCUGUCCCCCAAGGAUAGUGGCGAGCAAGAUCGCGCUCGGGGGACUAGUUUCGAGUCGGCCACAAACGAACAAAACCUACCCAUGGAGAACAAUGACUAUUACACGUGCGUUGCCGCUCCUCCAGUCAGGCGGGCCAGUAUCGCUACGGUUUCCAGUAUGUCAUCAUGGUCUGCUGAGGAGGAGCAGUCUUAUGCGACGACACUCUCCCCACCUUCUACUAGUCCGGUCGGGUCGAGGCCAGAUGCAUCGACAACGCCUCGGACAAGUCGCAUGUUCACCUUUGGCCGGCUUUCAAUCAACGGUAGACAGCAUUGGCCACAGAACGUGGGCGUCGCUUAUUGAUGUCGUUGUGGGCCGAUUAAAAUUUCAUUGCACAUUUUCGUUCCUAUACACACUCACUGCUCUAUUUAUUUACCCACGGCAUUAGCACGCGCAUGAAUUUUACGGGAUUUUCCUUUGUCGGAAUAUUUUGCCACGAUAAACAUGGGUUUCAUUGUGGAGUAUUCGGACGCGCAUUCUAGUGGCCAGCCCACGUAGUAUCACCAUUUCUUUCAUUUCUCGAAGCAGGAGUCUUCGCGGUGGGGGGGUGCAAAAAAAUCAGGAUAAAAGGAUGAAAAUUGGCAUGGAUACAAUUUUCAUAUGUAUGAUUACCUAUCUUCUUAGAUACCCCCUAGACGGCUAGUUCGUCUCUUGUCACACUUUUUCCCAUGGGCCGCCAAUGGCUGGCAUAUUGGACAGGCGACAUUUAAUUUUUGUGCUGGUCUCGACGCAGCAAUUCCCCUCUUUACCCUUUUUGGACCAUAUCGUGUAACCGUAAUUUGGGAACGAAUGCCUUUUGACACCAACCACUAACUGGCUCAUAUGUGACAAACAACUGAAAUGUCUUUGUCAUGCAUUUACAGGAAGGUCCAUGCGGACAG